AUGCUUGAUAGCACAUCCAUUGGUAUAAUAUCGCGGUUUAAGGAAGCUGUACUUUCAAGAUCUCUCCAAAUACCUGAACAUCUCAACACCCCUAGACUUAGAAGCAAUAGGGGGAACAAACUUGAAGUGGAACAAGAAGGACUUCGAUCUCGUGUAGUUGAAUAUGAUGGAAAGGAUCAUUUAGUAUUUGCUGACUCUGAUUUGCAAAAGAUUACCCUGCGGAAUAAGCGUAAGUGGAAGGAGUUUUAUGACCCUGAUAAGAAUGGUAUCAAACGUUCAGCUAUAGAAGCUAUAGCGCAACUUCUGGAAAGUGAUGAUGAGGAAGAUGAGGACUCUGAAGACAUUGAUAAUGAUACUUUUCCUGACACUAAGACCAAUGGAAAUAGUUUGUCAACGAAUGGGAAUGGUGGAGUAUCAUUGAAUGGUACUAGUAAUAGUAAUACAAACGAGAAUCCUUUGGCUACCAUCAAAUUAUCGGAAAUUUUGGCUCCAAUAGAGCAUCCCAGUGAAAUCAUAUCACACCCAGCAAUAUCACGAACUUUCAAGCUGACGGUAUUCCAUAGAUUGAGCAUGGAUCUUAUUGAGUUGAUUGAAGUGGAGCAAGAUACUUUGAACUGGUUGAACAAGCUUCUUCAAGUACUCAAUGGAGAAGAUUGGUAUUAUUUGUUAGAGGAAAACUUGGGACUAAAAGCUUACGAUCAUGGUCUUGAUGAUGACAGAAAGAAAAGGAUAUAUGAUGAAACCACUGCUGCUGCUGCUGACAAUAAUAGCGUCACCACUAGCACUGCUACUGCUAUUACUACAUCUGCCAAUGCCAAUGGCGAUGAUAGCAGUCUGAGUUCCGGCAAGAAUAUAAUGAAGUACGAGUUGGGUGUGACUACGACUCUGUCUCUGAACGAUGAGAUGAUCGACGUUACCGACCCCUUUUUCGCAUUGCCAGAGACUUUAAAGAGAUAUGAGGCUCAUCAAGCAGACGUGCUUCCUGGUAGUAACAACGAGUUGUUUGCAUUGCAAGAAGACUUGAUCAACUACUUACAGGUGAGCAUUCAACGACAACAUGAGUAUGUCAAGAACUUGAUCGAGUUGAGAAAGGGCUUGGUUAGGGCAGAUAGAUUGCGUCAUGACUUAUACAAAUGGGGCAAAGAAAUGUAUGACAAAAAGAGCACUUAA